AUGUUACAGCGCCCAGCAGUGCCCGGCUACAGUGGCUUCACCGUGAGGUCAACGGACACGAACAUGCUGAGCCGGCCAUAUGCCAAAGGCAACUGGGAGGCAGAGCUGUGUUCUUUUGAAAUGGUUCCAUCUUUCAUCAACAGCCUGACUCAUUCAGCUGUCGACAUGGCUCGCAGCCCCGGCAGAUGCUCGGUGUGUUCAUGUUCCAAGUGCAAUCGCUUUCACAAUCUGCCGGAAAUAUCUCGCUCAAAAACGUUUUAUGGACUGGUCAGAGGUCUGAAUAACCACAGGUAG